AUGGGAAGGAAAAGAGUUACUUAUUCUGCAGGUGAUAAUUUGGAAUUAUACCAAACUCCAGAAGAAAUUGUGCAAGAAAGCGAAAAAAAAAAAGAAGAAGAGGAACUUCGAAGAUUUAUGCAACAUAAUAUGAAGAGUCCUCAUGGAUCAAACUCUUCUCUAGGAACUCAAAACCCUACGACACUAAGAGAUGAUAAUUAUUCACAUGCAUCACCAUCCACCCAAUCCUCUAUGAACUCACCGCAUCACCAUCAUCAUAAUCAUCAUCAUUCUCAUCACCAAAUGCCUACCCAAAAUCAUAAAAUACCUAAUGAUCUAUCACAUAAUGUCAAAAACACAAAAUCUCAAUCUCCACCACCAGUAACGUUCCCACAACAACGAUCUCGAGUACCGCCACCUCCAAUAGGUAUACCACCGUCUAUUCCAUCAGCUUCGAGAAAACCUGUGGCCUCUGUAGCAUCAACUCCAGCUAUUCAUAAUAAUACCAACUCCAGACAUCAGGAAAUGUCUUCAAUAGGUCAGAAUCGGGAUGCAAAAAGCACUAAAGACGCUAAGGACACUAAUUUUGCCGUACAAUUAUUUAUAACUCAUGAUACUCGUAAAAGAGGCCAACUAACUGCAGACGAUUUACAAAAUAUAUUACAAAAUGAUGACAGCAGCCAAUUCUGCCAGUCAACUACUGAAGCACUCGUGGACUUGUUCGGUGUUUCUAGAUUUGGUGUCGUCAUCCAAGAAGAAUUUGUUUCGUUGUAUAAGAAAGUUAAGUAUUGGCGAAAAAUAUAUGUAGAUAAUGAUAUUAAUGGAUCACAUACUAUCACAAUGGGUGAGUUUCACAAUUCUCUAUUGGAAAUGGGCUAUGUGUUACCCUCUGAGGUUAGUGAAAAACUGUUUGAUCGUUAUGCUCGAUUUGUUAACCAUGAGAGUGAUUUAAGAGCUAUGAAAUUUGAUCGCUUUGUAGAAAGCUUAUUGUGGUUAACACGACUCACAAAGGUAUUUAGAAAGUAUGAUGCCAAUCAAGAAGGCAUUGCUACGAUUCAUUAUAAGGAUUUCAUUGACUGUACACUUUUAUUAGGAAGAUUCUUGCCUCGUUAG